CCUCCCACCUUGAACGCAGUCCUCCUCCAUCAUCAUCCCACCUCACUACUCCCCCCUUUCCUCCGCCCAGACGUGAAGACCCCUCCCAACAGCCACAACCGCAACCACCAUGCCCACACCACCCCCCGGAAAGACGAGAGAAUAAACAUGUGCCAAUACAUCCUUCCCCUGCCCCUCUGCAACCACCCCCCAGCCACCAUCUGGGCCCUGCCAGGCGAUGAGUCGUGCCCGCUCCUCCUCGCCCAGCUGCGCCGCACCUACGACCCAGCCGAAUGGGAAGGGGCCGCCCGCGCAUCCGCCCUGCCCUUCGACCUGCCCGACCGCUGCGGGCCAUGCCGCGACAACAUCGUUGUCAUCAGGGUCGCCCGCCUCUGCGCCGGUUGUCGGCGGGGCGGCGGCGGGGGAUGUAGGGGUGUUGGGGCGGAACUGAUUUAAGAUCUCUUUUUUCCUUACUC